AUGCAAAGUAUAAGAAUUGAUUCUUCUACGGAUUGGAAAUCUUUACCAUGGACUCAAAUUCAAGAAAAAAUUUUUAUUGUACAACAACAUAUUUAUAAUUAUUCUAAAGAGUGUAAUCAAAAAAAAAUUCAUGAACUUCAAAAUUAUAUACUAAACUCUAGCGACUUAAAAAUUUUUGCAAUUCAAGCAAUAACUGAUGGUAUUGCCAAAUAUUAUAUUAAAUAUAAUCAAGAACAUUAUAAUUUUAAUGAUAAACAUAAAUUUUUAAUAUAUGAAUCUUUAUUUAGAAAUAGUAUCUCAUUUAAAGAUUCUUUUUUCAUUAGUGAACAAAUUAAACAGUACCUUGUUUACCUCUGUUUAAAACCAGAAUGGGAAGCACGAUUUGAACCAACUGAUAGAUUCACUCUUAAUAAUUCUAAACAAUAUUAUUCUUUGUAUCGUUUGAGUAGAUUUAUCUUAAAGAAUAGAGCAGGAAAGUUAAAGAGUUUAAAAAAUUAUUGUUUUACAUCUACAAUAACAACGAAAUGUAUUGAUAUACAAUAUCUAGUAUCUAAAAUACAACCUGUCACAUCUAUAUUUCAUUAUUUACGACAUUGGUUAUCCAAUAGAUAUAUUAUAGACAACUUAAAGAAUAGAAUAUAUUUGAAUAAUACAAUUAAUAAUUUACAUCAACUAUUAUAUCGUAUAAUGUAUUGUGGAUUUGGAUGGUAUAAUAUAACCCUAUUAAAUCAUAAUUCUUUUUAUAUAUUUGCAGACAAUAAUUGUAAUAUUAGAAUCUAUAGUAUAAAUUUUUUAAAUAAGUUAACUUUUAAAAAUAUAAUGAGUAUAGUUAAUUAUAGCCUAGGAAUCAAAUAUUGCCAAUUACAUGUAUGCAACAAAAAAUUGUCAAAAACACUAUAUUUAUUUUCAAAUUAUUUAAUUAAUUACUAUAAAAAAAGUAAAAGUAUUAUAUAUAUUAGUCCAUUUGUUUACAAAUAUUUCAAAAUACAAGUUAGGCAAAUAUUGUAUCAUCAAAAUUCUUUAUAUAAAUGGAGAUUAAAUAAUCAUUUACAGCUAAAAUACAUAUUAAAAAAAAUUAGAAAUGAAAUGAUUAAUUUUUAUUUAUAUUAUUAUCCUUUGAUAAACAAGCGUAAUGUAAGUAGUUUAAUGAUGUCAUUAGAAGAUAUAAUGUUUCGAUGGAUAAAGAAGAAUAAAAAUAAAAUACAUACUUUAACAAUCUACAAAAAAACUAAAUAUCUCUAUUUAAAUCAAUAUAAAGAGUAUAAAUAUUACUAUAGUUAA